AUGAACGAAUUAUUUGAAAGGGCAAGAGAUCGAUAUUAUCAUUUGGCGGAUCAGGGUAAUAUAGAAGAAGUGACGAGAUCAGCACUUGUCUUAAGAAAGGGAAUGGAGGAAUCAACUUCUAAAAUGUCGGUUAAAACACAAAUCCUAGCACCAAAUCUUCCUUGCCCUGAACUUUCCGUUCGAUGGUUCCAUGCUGUCGAUGUACCUCGCUCGGACCCUACUAAAGUUACUCCCUCUGCCUCUUUCGCUUCCAAUACCGGCGGUACAAAAGAUGCCCCAGUUCCUGUGGCUGUUAUUAAACAACCUUCAGCAUGGGUACCUUUUUCUCGACGCGAUUCUGCUGCGUUAGAACAGGCGUAUCAAAGUAAAGCGUCAGAACAGGCAGAACAGACGCAUCAAAGUGAAGAGCCUAGAAUUACAGUCCCUGUUAAUGAGGAUUAUUUGUUUGAAGUUGAUAUUAAUGAUAGAGCAAUAUAUCCGGUUUAUUGGCCUGGACCCGUUUAUGAGGUAAGACGUGGAACAUGGUUCUAUCAGGGAGAUGGAAACUUUUUCUUGCCAUGCGACGAAAAUCUAUCAUCACAAGUGGAAGCAGGCUAUUUAAAACAUCAACCAUGGAUAAUUCAAGAAGAAGAAACAUCCAAAGAAGUUGAUUCUCCGACGGAAACCAAGAAAAAACAACCAACAGAAAAAAGUUGUCGUUUAUAUGGUAGAUAUUUAUCGCAAUAUGUGGUUUAUACUGGUCCCACAUGUGCUUGGCUAUUGAGCGAUGAUAUGACCGGAAAACUGGCAAAAACGUUUUAUGCAAAGGUUACUAUGGGCGUUAAUUUGGGUGGGACGCGUCUUUUGAGGGGAUAUCAAGAAGUUGAAAUUUUUGAGUCAAAAAGUCUUGGUGAACCCGAACGAAAAAAGAGAGAGGAUCCUGAAAAAGAAAGAGAAAAUGAUCUCACGAAAGAUAAACAACUUGAAGUUGAUCCUGAAACAGUUCAAACAGAAGAUUACGAUAACGAGGAAAGCGAAGAAGACGAAAGAACGAUCGAUCAUUUAAUUUUAGUAAUUCAUGGUGUUGGACAAAAGCUGAGUGAAAGGAUGGAAUCAGUUAAUUUUGUUCAUGAUGUGAAUAUAUUAAGACGAACUAUCAAAACGAUGUACAUUACGAAUCCACCCGUUGAACUGACAAGAACCGACUCUACAUUACCACAGCGAAGAAAUUCAGUACCGGCUGAGAAGCUGGCACAUAUACAGAAUGGAAUUCAAGUGUUACCUGUCCAAUGGCGACAAGAAAUUAAGUUUGGCAUGGCCAGUGGAGAUCAAGACACUCAAACUGAUCUUGGCUUACAAGAAAACGAGGAAGGACAGACCACUUUAGAUGAAAUUACACUGGACGGAGUGCCAACAAUAAGAAUGCUGAUAUCAGAUGUUUUAGUGGAUGUUUUAUUAUAUAUGACACCUAGAUAUCGUGAGCAAAUGAUAAAUACAGUCACAAGAGAAUGUAAUCGUGUUUACGGAUUAUUUAUUGAACGAAAUCCCAGAUUCUUGGAAAUCGGAGGAAGAGUCUCGAUAUAUGGCCAUUCGCUUGGUUCUGUAUUAGCAUUUGACAUUCUAUGCCAUCAACCACCCUUAGUCCCAUCCACAGUCUCCGGGAUAUUCGACGAAAGGAACAGUAAUAAUCCCGAAAUGCAACAAUUUCACGAACGGCUUGUAAAAUUGGAUUUCCCUGUUGCGAAUUUCUUUGCUCUCGGGUCACCAAUUGGUCUAUUUCUUAUGCUAAAAGGACUAAAAAUUGGAUCAAGAAGUAAUCAAUUGCAACAUAAAUUAAAAGAAAUGAUUUCCGGUGAUCAUUCGGACAGUUCUCCUGAUGAAAUUCCUGAAUUGAAAUCGUCUUCGUCAAUUCCACUGUGCUAUCCUGCCGUCCGAAAUAUAUAUAACAUAUUUCAUAGAGCUGAUCCUAUCGCAUAUCGUAUUGAACCUCUUAUUGCACGACAUUAUGGUGUGUCCUUAAAACCCGCUCUUAUUCCGUAUCAUAAAGGCGGCCUUAAAGCGGUACAUAUAGGCAUUCAAGAAUUUGAAAAAGAGGAUCCAACUAGCGCUGCUAAAUUGCGAAGUUUAAACUUCACUGGAAGAGAAGGAAUUCUGGAUGUAAGUUACUUGAACGCUAUCACUGUCCAUCUCAGUUACUGGUCGGAUAGUGACGCUGCAUUUUUCAUAUUGCGAGAAUGUUAUCGUGGAAUAGAAGAUGACGAAGAAAAAUCACUUCGUGAACGUGCGUUCAGCUUACUUGAACUACGAGAUAAACCACUCGCUUCAAACAUUCAGUCCCCUUCCAAUUGA